GUUGUCCAUAUUCCCACACGCCAAAAUACUUAAAAAAGAUAAAAAUUAAAAGAAUUAUUAUAAAACCUCACAUUUAAUCUGAGUUUAAAACCAUCGGCGAAAUUUUCAGAUCACUGUUACGCAAAUAAACAAAGAAAAAUUAAAAACAAACAAAAACGAAAACUAGCGACAAGGUUACAGCAUUGCCGCCACUGAUAAGAAGUCUUCACAGUUUUUUUGGGACUCACAAUAAAAAAACUAACCCAAUUUUCCGGCUUCUGAAUAAGAAAGCAUUUACCAAGCGCUCAUUCUGUUUUGUAGCCUCGUAAGAGGGAGACGUGAAUUUCUUUCAGCGCACAACAUUAAUUGAAAGAUAUUGCUUUAAGUGGAUGGUGAAUUAAAAAAGUGCCUGACAUUGAAAUAUUUGUUAACCAAACACAAGGAUACAUUAAUCAAAAUGGUUUCCUACUUUAUACCUCGUGGUCGUUUUCUUAUGAAAGCCGGAAACUGGAGGCAAGUUCAUCAGAAGCAUCAGCAACAAGCUCAACAACAAAGCGUGAGAUGGCCUCUGAUUAAAAGCUUCCGCCAAUCAUUCUCGCAAAAGGUUGCACCGAACGAUACAAAAGUUGAGGCUCUCAUAAAAACACCCAACCAGUUUGGCAAACAACAAACACGUACUCCUCCUUCCGUAAACAGCAAACGUCAACAGGAUUUGCAAAAGCAGCGCUUAAAUAUUUGGCUGCGAUGGACUGGAUUACUUUUAAAAUGGGCUCCUGUAGGAAUAUGUGUGUUUGGAGCGAUUGAAUGGCAAUUGCACAAACAAUCCGUUGUCAGAGAUCAAUUGCCCCACACAGCUUCAGAGUUCCAAUCGAAAGUUUAUUGUUCUUUGCCACUGAGACUGUUGAGCAGAGCAUGGGGAUGGUUGGCUGCUUGCUAUAUACCGGAAAAUCUAAGACCUUUUAUUUACGGAAUGUAUUCAAAUGCUUUUGGUGUUAAUAUUGAGGAGGCGCUGUAUCCUGAUUUUAAACACUACAACAGUUUAUCGGAGUUUUUUACCCGACCUUUAAAGGAUGGUGUAAGGCCAAUAGAUGCUGCGGCACCUUUAGUAUCACCAGCGGAUGGAAAAGUAUUACAUUUUGGGGCGGCCUCAAAGUCCCUUAUAGAACAAGUGAAAGGAGUGAAUUAUAGCUUGAUAGAUUUUUUGGGACCUGCUUCUUGGGUAGAGGGUAAAACCAUAAAAGAAGAAGAUUAUGCUGAGAGUAUCAAACAUAAAAAGGAUGGCACUACCAAUCUGUAUCAGUGUGUUAUUUAUUUAGCACCAGGAGAUUAUCAUCGAUUCCAUUCCCCCACCGAGUGGCAGGCUGAAUUACGCAGGCAUUUUACUGGAGAAUUGUUGUCUGUAAGUCCGAAAAUUGCCACCUGGUUGCCUGGACUUUUUUGCCUAAACGAACGUGCCUUGUAUUUGGGCCAAUGGAAAUAUGGUUUCUUCAGCUAUACCGCAGUUGGUGCCACCAAUGUAGGCUCCAUGCAAUUUGUUAUGGAUGAACAGUUGAAAACAAAUCGUUGGGUGGGAUGGAAGACCAGACGUGGCUAUGAGGAAUUGGCGUUAGACGAAAAGAAAAUAUUGAAGAAGGGCGAUUUGGUAGGCUUAUUCAAUAUGGGCAGUACGAUAGUGUUACUCUUUGAGGCGCCCUCCAAUUUCCAAUUUAAUAUUGAGGCAGGUCAGAAAAUCAAAGUUGGUGAACCAUUGGGCCAUAUAAUUUAGAAAAGCACAUAGAAGAAAAAACUUGUAUACUACUUAUGAUUGCUGCUUGCAUAGCAGCUUCGCAAGGAAUUGUUCGAAGACAACAACUGAUUUCAUAUGAACCCAAGAGGCUUUGCAAAAAUGUGUGUUACAUAUGAUAUUUACCUAUGUGUACAUAAAGGAAUCGACAAAACUGUUAUAAUCUAGGCGCAAAAUAAUUUCGAGUCUAUACUUAGGAACUUACCAAGACAAUUACAAUAUGAAAAUAAUACCCCUUUUCUACUUAAGGGAGUGAGUGAUUUGUUAUCUACACAACCAAAAGGAUUAUAUUGUGAUUUAAUAUUAAUACCCUACAUACUUACUCAAGGCAAUGACGACUCAUAACCAAAAAAAUUGCAUACCUCUAUUCAUAAUAGAAAAUCUAAUUGAGAGUUAUAUCACAUGAACAAUUUAUCUUCAAGUUUUCGUAAUUACAAAUUGUGCUAAUAUUUGGUAAAGAAAAAAUCAUUAAAUUGACUGCUCUACAGAUAAUUAAAAUGAAGAAAGGUUUGCCAUUUGGGUAAUGUACUCGCCCUAAGUGCCUUGCGAUAAGCAAAGAAACACAAAAUUAACUUAUUUAAUUUUAAGCCUAAAUUAUCAAUAUGUUUUUUUUUACAGAAUAAGAAGUUAGAAUUGUUAAAGCAAUCUUCUAAUAUAUUAGUAGUUUGUAACUUGUUUUUAUUUUUUAACAUAACUUGUAUGAAUAUCGUUUGCAAACGAAAAACUUAGCUAAGUGUAUAAAUUUCAGCUACUACAUGAUCAUCCUAAUGGGUGAACCAUAACUUAUGUAAAUGAUAAAAUAAAUAAAUUUUAAUGUAUUUUUUAUAAGGCAUAUAACUCUGCGAAUUUGUUCUAAUAUAGUUUCAAAAUGCAUUAUAGAAA